GAAUUCUAAAGAAAUUCUUAACCACGAAGCAUGCGGACAGACGAGGUGGAAGAAAGUCGUCCGAUCGCCCACGCGGAUCUGAACCACGAUUUGUCGUAUACUCUCUUGGAAGCCUGGGCGAAAACGGCGAAGACCAAGAAGAAGAACAAGAAGAAGAUGAAGAAGAAGAAGAAGAAGAAGAAGAAGAAGAAGAAGAAGGAGAAAAAUGAUAUUGCCGACUCUCAUCUUCGGAUAGGAAGACGGAGAUUUUACGAUGUUGUAAUUACGCAUUUACAUCUGCCCAUCGUAGGCAUUCCGCUUUGCAGCGUUCGCUUCUUCGUCUUCUUAUUCCUCUUCUUCUUCUCGCUCGCGUUUACUGCACAGCAAAACUGCAGCCCCGAAGAAAUCUCGAAGAAAACGAUUAUCGUGUUCAGUGAAACGAAGCAUCAGGAAUAGAACUACACCUCUGUAUAUAAUAAUAUAGAAUAAAAUUUUCCAGCUCCUUUUUUGUCACUGAUCUCGAUUUCUAAUCGACGAAAUAUA